GCCUACCGUUGAGUUUCCUGUCGUCCGCGUUUCGCACCCUCCUCCUAUUUUAGCUUCUUGAAAGAACACAACCAAAAUACCGUCACUAUGUCUACUGUCAACGUUCGCCGGGAUGUCGCCGAUCCCUUCUACCGUUACAAGAUGGAAAAGCUCCAGUCCAAAAUUGAGGGCAAGGGCAAUGGUAUCAAGACUGUCAUCGUCAACUUGAACAACGUUGCGCAGGCUUUGGCCCGUCCUCCAGAGUACGUUAUCAAGUAUUUCGGAUUUGAACUGGGUGCCCAAGCCAACGCCAAGCCAACCGAUGAUCGUUGGAUCAUUAAUGGUGCCCAUGAUGCUCCCAAACUUCAAGACUACCUCGACGGUUUCAUUGACAAAUUCGUUCUUUGCAAGAAGUGUAAAAACCCUGAGACAGUUGUCAACCUCAGAGACAAUCGUAUUCUUUUGGACUGCAAGGCUUGUGGUCAGCGUUGUGAGGUCGACCCUCGUCUCAAAUUGAGCACCUUCAUUUUGAGACAGGGACCUGCUAAGGGUGGCAAAAAGGACAAGAAGGCUCGUCGCGAGAAAAAGAAGGAGAAAGACGAAACAAAUGGAGAAAAGAAUGGCAGCCCGGGAGACAGUAACAUUUCUGACAACGGUGAUGAGAAUGGUGAUUUCGAACUUGCAGCCGGCAGUGAUGAUGAAUUCACUCGUAGCAUCACCACCGCUGCCAAGGAAAUCAACGGUAACGGCGUCGAGGAUGAAGAAGUUCAAUGGUCUGUCGACGUCUCCGAAGAAGCUGUCAAGGCUCGUGCUAAGGAUCUUCCCGAGGAUCUCAAGCGAACCUUGGUCCUGGAUGGUGGAGAUGACGAUGACGAGGAGGGCGGUGCCACUGCCUACGACCAAUUGGGAAGCUGGAUCAUCAAGACUGCUAAGGAGACUGACGGUGGUGUGUCCGGGGUCAGUGAUGUCGACAUCUACAUGAAGGCAAAGGAAUUUGGCAUCGAAACCAAGCACAAGACCUUGACUGUGCUUGCUCAAACUAUCUUCGAUGAAAAAAUUGUCAAGCAGAUUCCUGCUCGCGCCGCCAUGCUCAAAAAAUUGAUUACUUCUGAAAGACAUGAGAAGGCUUUCCUGGGUGGCACCGAACGUUUCCUCGGCAAGGAAAACCCGGAGCUUAUUCCUCAGGUUCCUGCCGUCCUACUCGGCUACUACCAGAAUGAUCUUGUUUCUGAGGAAGUGCUCAAAGCCUGGGGCAGCAAGGCCAGCAAGAAGUACGUCGAUCUCUCUACAAGCAAGAAGGUCCGUAAAGCGGCUGAGCAGUUCCUUACCUGGCUCGAGACCGCUGAUAGCGAUGAGGAGAGCGAUGAAGAUGAGGAUUGAACGGCUAUCGAUCCUUUGCCGUGAAUACUUUUUUUUAUCAACCUUUCUGAUGCGUUACUGUUUUUUCGGAGUGCUGUUGAGAUAAUUGCCUUGAUUAUCCUUCAACUUGGAUGUAUCAUCCUUUGAGU